CGAUCACAGGGAUUGUUGGCGAUCUUAAAGAAAUUACGUUCGAAUCCGGACAAAGAAUUACGUCUGCUUCUUCUGGGGCUUGACAAUGCUGGAAAAACUACGAUACUAAAGUCGUUGGCCAGCGAGGAUAUCACACAGGUAACGCCAACGCAGGGCUUCAACAUAAAAAGUGUGCAAAGCGAAGGCUUCAAAUUGAACGUCUGGGACAUCGGCGGUGCACGAAAAAUUCGUCCAUACUGGCGAAACUACUUCGAAAAUACGGACGUUCUCAUAUACGUUGUGGACAGUGCUGACAUAAAGAGACUAGAGGAAACGGGGCAAGAAUUAUCCGAGCUUUUACUCGAGGAGAAACUACGGGCUGUUCCGUUGUUGGUGUACGCGAACAAACAGGAUCUCGGACAGGCUGUGACCGCGGCCGAAAUCGCGGAAGGUCUUGGACUGCAUAACAUUAAGGAUCGAGACUGGCAGAUCCAGUCGUGUAUCGCGACUGAGGGAAAAGGUGUCAAGGAGGGUCUCGAGUGGGCGUGCAAAAACAUCAAGAGGAAGUAA